AUGCGUCACAUUUGUGACAAAAGGGACAUUGUGAGACCUGGAGUUACUCGUUUCGCCACUACAUUUUUGACUAUGCGGAGUCUUCUUGAGAAGAAAUGGAAGUUGAGAUUUAUGUUUUCCGAUGAAGCAUGGGUGAGAUGCAAGCUUGCAAAGACCGCUAAAGGCGCUAAGGUGGAGGCGAUUGCUAUGAGUGAUAGUUGGUGGACAGCGGUGGCCAAGAUCUUGAAGGUGUAUGCUCCUAUUUUUCGAUUGUUGAGGGUAGUCGAUAGUGACUACAAACCCUCAAUGAGAUUUGUGGUAGGGAUGCUUGAAGAUAUGAAGAAGGAGAUCAUUCAAGUUUUUAAGAAUAAGGAGAAUGAUUUCAAGCCCGUGAUUGAUAUUAUAGAUUGGAAGUCCAAGGAUCGGCUCCUUUCUCCCUUGCAUAUGGCUUCUUACUACCUCAACCCUUACUAUUUCUAUAGGGAUGAUGUAGUGAAGAAUUGCAAAAGGGCGAAAGAUGGAUUUCUAGAUGUAGUGGAGUUAUUCUAUCCUGAUGUAGAGCAACAAGUUGAAAUUCAUAAUCAAGAGUUGGAGAGAUACAGAGAAGGAAAGGGUUCAUUUGCUAGGAUUAGAGCGGUGAAGGCUAGAGAGAAAUCAGACUUGAACCUGGCUCUUCUGGUUGUGAAAGGAAUUAGAGCACAUUUGAGGGGUAAACUAAUUUCUAAACUUAUGAAAAAUAUGAAAUCCAUCUUAGUUAUGUUUUCUAAUUUGUGUCCUUUACUUUCGAAGAUUCAUACGAAGAAGAGGAAUAGAUUGGAAUCGAAGAGGUUAGAGGAACUGGUCUAUGUGAAGUUUAACUCAAAGCUCAACCAGAAGAAGAGGAGAGGAGAAAACAAGAACCUACUACUAUCUACUGAUCGUAGUAAGGCACGAGCAUGGAUCCUAGAAGGAGCAGGCUCCGAUGAUGAGGAAGAAGUUCAUCCUGGCUCAGGUCUUACUUGGAGGAUGGUAGAGGGUAUAUCGGGAGCGGCUGAGGCUGCGGAGAAUAGGAGGAGUUCUAGGCUAGAAGGACCUUCAAGUGCUUCUACUUCAGUGAUGGAUGAUGAAGAAGAGUGUCUUGUCUCGGAUGAUGAUGUUUCAGACGAGGAGGAGGAUUGUGUGGAGAUGGAUUCUGGAGAGGAUAGCGAUGAUGGAGUAGAGGAGGAACUUCAUGAUGAUGAUGUUUGA